AUGCCUCAAUUUGCAAAUUUUGUAAAGAAUAUUAAAGAUCAACAUGAGGAUAAGGAAGUAGUAAAUAAGAAAGGCCCUACUCUCUUAUAUGAUAACCUACCACCUAAGCUGCAUGAUCCUGGUAGUUUCACUAUUCCCUGCACGAUAAACGAAAAAUUUUUCGAAAGGGUUUUGUGCGAUUUAGGUGCUAGUGUUAACUUAAUGCCCUAUUCAUUAUAUGAGAGUUUAGGCUUGCAAGGACUUAAACCUUCCCCUAUUUCUCUUCAAUUGGCUGAUAGGACCUCUAGACUUCCUAAGGGUGUGGUUGAAGAUGUAUUAGUUAAGGUUGGUGAACUUGUUUUUCCUGUUGAUUUUGUUGUUAUGGACAUGAAAGAAGACCAUAAGAUCCCGAUUAUAUUUGGUCGUCCAUUCCUUGCCACAAGUCAAGCUUUAAUAGAUGUUCCUAAAGGACAAGUGACCAUUAGGGCCCAGGAUAAACAAGUCAUGUUCAAGCUCUUUGAUGAACAUAAUUCUAUAUUUGAUGGUGGUACUUGCUUAAGAAUCGAUGCUACUAACCCUUUGUUUGAUAAGUAUGUAUUUGAUAGAAAUUUCGAGAGAAGCAAGGACAAAAUUCCACCUGAUGAUGCGUUUGGCCAUAUGAAGGUGAGUUCGGAUAUAAGGCAGGUAAACAAUAAAAUGAAGGAGUCACUUGGAGGCAAUCAUUCCCAUGGGCAACAUUGCGGAGUUCCCCCUUCGUGCGGUGAUCCAGGCUGA